AUGCUUGGAUCUGUGAUCUGCCACAUCCACCUAGCCGUCGACAUCUUCGCCAAGCUCUUCUCCGUCGUUGUCCUCACCGCAAUGAGCCUUGAGCGAUAUUUUAUUGUGUGUACCAGGUGGCGCCACUCUUUCAACAAAGGUCUGACCACCGGGGUGCCGAUGUGCAUCUCCCUGAUGAUGUUCGUCAUCGUGCCAAUGAUCGUGCAGCUCUAUUAUACACGUGUUAUUGACAUUCCGUUGCCGAUUCCGGGAACGGAGCAACUGCCGCCCGACCAACAAGAAUACCAAAUCCACCGCAUCUGCGUGCCGCUGAUGAGUGACGAGCUGUUCAACGCCUUUGCCCACUACAUGUUCUUUUUUGGUUUCCUCGCGCCUCUAGUUAUAAUGACGGCGUGCUACAUCCUGUUGAUGCGCCACGUGCGCCGGAAGUUCAGGAUGCGCUGUGAAGCUGGCGGUGGUACCGGGCGCAGCAUCCGCGAGCCUCGCUAUAUGGGCGAGAUGCGGAAGAGCAUUUGGAGGGUUGCCAUCUACCAUUUCGUGUGCUGGGCCCCAUUCUGGGUGUUCACCAUGACGCCCACGUUUAUUGUGAAUAUGGAAUUAAAUGCACCGUGGAUGGCGCAUCCGAUCUGGAGGGCCUUGCAUCUUUUUGUUAACAUUUUGCCGUCAAUUAAUGCGGCUGGCAAUUGGGUGCUAUAUGCGGUCCUGAACAGUGAUGUCCGUCGCCAUCUCUACCUUGGCGGCCAGCCAAAGAAGAAGAAGUCGACGGCUCUUCUAUUCUCUUCAAUGACCAUC